GAUGAAGUGCCGAAGAAAAAAUCGGAGGAAAAGGAGAAGAGAGAUUAUCUCUCUGAAAAAACUAGAGACAGAGAGGGGUUUAGCUUUUUAAUGUGGUUGUAUUACCUAACUAAACAGACUCGAAACGUUUCUAAAAAUUAAAUUAUUUUUGAAACGGUUUCCUCGUGAAGUGUAUAUGGGUCAAAACUCCCAAAUUUACCAAGCUAAAGAAGGCCCGUAUGGGUCUGUGAGCGCAUUUGGCCGUGGUUUGUUUAUCUUUUCAUCUCUGCUUUGCUGAUUUGUUGACAACAGAGCUUACUCAAUGGCGGGAAUCAUUCGAACCCUAAUUCUCACACCUCCAUCGCCUCAUACGCGGUCGUUCAGCCAUCCGCAGCCGAAUUUCCGUCCAAUCGGCAACUCUUACUUUACCCGCUCCGUCUCUUCCACUCGAAGUCGAUCGAUUUCUAUUCCUAUUAGAAUCAGAGCCUGCGAACGCCCUGUUGAGGAAGAUGGUAGUGGAAGUGAAGCUGCUAAAGGUUUGGUUCUGGGAAAACCGUUAUUGAAUUUUGUGGACAGGAAUUUUCUUCCUCUUGCUCUCGUUGGUGGAGUAGUGUUAGGACUUGCAAAUCCUACUCUUGGUUGUCUUGCUGAUAAAUAUUAUUUAUCAAAAGUUGGCACUUUUGGAAUAUUUUUAAUCUCAGGUUUGACACUGCAAAAUGGGGAAAUUGGUGCUGCAAUAGAAGCUUGGCCUGUGGGAAUUUUAGGGCUUUGCUCUAUUCUUUUUUUUACGCCAUACUUGUCAAGGAUAAUUUUGCAAAUCCAGCUCCAGCCUCAGGAAUUUGUAACAGGACUGGCUUUGUUUUGCUGCAUGCCAACUACAUUAUCAAGUGGAGUGGCACUAACUCAGCUUGCUGGAGGAAAUUCUGCACUUGCUCUGGCAAUGACAGUGAUAUCAAACCUUUUAGGAAUUUUGAUUAUACCCUUUUCUAUCUCCAAAUUCAUAGCUGCUGGUGUUGGUGUAUCUGUUCCAACUAAACAACUGUUGAGAAGUCUUGUUCUAAUGCUCUUAGUCCCUCUUCUCAUGGGAAAGGUUUUUCGAGAAUCCUUCAAAGGGGUGGCAGAUUUUGUUGAUCAAAAGCGUAAACUUUUUUCGAAGAUGAGUGCAAUCUGUCUCAGUUUAGUUCCAACAUCUCAUGGAGGCUGUUUUAAACUUCCUAAAGCUUGUUUGUUUGAUCAGGCUCCCUGGAUACAAGUAAGCAGAUCAAGCUCACUACUCUUACUGGUUAAACCUGAAGUUUUCCUUGUCGCUGUUGGGAUGGGAGUAUUUCUGCAUAUCAUCCUAUUUGCUUUUAAUGCUGUUGCUAUACAAGGCCUAUCAACUGUAUCUGGUGGCAACCAAUCAGUUUUUGCCAAGAAAGAAAAUGCCAAUGCAUUUGUGCUGGUUUCAAGCCAGAAAACUCUUCCAGUAAUGGUGGCAGUAGCAGAACAGCUCGGUGGAGCAUUUGGUGAAACUGGUUUGUUGGUUCUUCCGUGUGUUGCAGCACAUUUGAAUCAGAUCAUUGUGGACUCUUUUCUUGUCAAUUUCUGGCUUCGGGGGGAUCUAGCAUCCAAACAUGCCAAGGUAGCCUGAGUAAUGGAAAAGCUGACCAUGAUUGCUUCACACAAGCAAAGCCAAUAUUAUUUGCAAACACAUCAUCGAUGUGGUGUUGCAGGUACAAGUUGUCAGCGAAUCUGAUGAUCGCAUCUAUUUUGAGAGGAUAUAUCUUUGCAAGAAUUGGCGCAAACAGUUUUUGUCUAAUUUCUUUUCUUAUUAAAAGGAAAAAAAUUCUUUACCUCCAAGGUGCAUCUUGUACUUUUGUUCUUGAAAAAAAAAAAAAAGCAUGUACUCUAUCUAAUAGGAACGCAGAAAUGAGAUUCCCCUCAGUAUUGAUUAGUGAAUCACAAAUUCACCAGCCCAA